AUGACCUGCGAGAGCUGCGUUCAGGAUGUGUCGAGCUCGCUCUAUAAGUUGGAGGGAAUCAACAAGGUCGAGGCCAACCUCAAGGAUCAACUGGUGUUCAUCGAGGGUACCGCGCCACCCAGCUCGAUCGUGAACGCUAUUCAAGCUACUGGCCGGGAUGCCAUUCUACGCGGAAGCGGCACAUCAAAUAAUCCAUGGGGUAUGAUAGGCUCAGCCGUCUGCAUAUUCGAGACGCAUUCGACAGCCGUACCGAAUAAGAUCCGCGGCCUCGCUCGCAUGGUGCAAGUCUCCCCGACCAUGACGCUCGUGGACUUGACGGUCAACGGGCUGGCCCCGGGCAAAUACUGGGCGACGGUUCGGGAAGCAGGUGAUAUCUCACGCGGGGCGGAGUCUACGGGGGGCAUCUGGGAGGCCUUGAAGGCGAAAGUGACGGGCGGCGAGGCGCCCAAGGAGCCGCGCGGCAUCUUUGGGAGCGUGGAUGUGGACGAGAAGGGCCGGGGCAACGUGUUUCUGGAUCGGCCAGUGGCCAUCUGGGAGAUGAUUGGAAGGAGUAUGGUUCUGUCGAAGAGCGCGGAGGGACCGUUCCGGCGCGAGGAUCCUGACACGCUGGUCGGGGUAAUUGCGCGCAGCGCGGGUGUCUGGGAUAAUGACAAGAUGGUGUGCUCCUGCUCCGGGAAGAAUGUCUGGCAGGAGCGGCAGGAGCUGGUGGCCCAGGGGAUGGUGUAG